AUGAGAUCUCAACAGGUGCUUCUUUUGUGCCUACACCUCACAGCUUCAGGUGUGAAUUCCUUCACUUCCCAAGAAUCAGUUGCCAUCAAGAAUCGAACGCCCUUAUACGGAAAAACAAAUGACCAAGAGGUUUCGUCAUACAGUGAUACCGAUGCUGCAAGUAAAGGCUUCGUAUCUGCACUGACCAAUGUAUUCAAUGCGGCUGCUGGUCCCUCUGAGGACAACAGCAUAAGAAAACAAAAGGCUUCGCCAAAGAACGUGGAAGAACUCCAAUCUCGGAUCCGUGACGACUAUGAAAUCAACAACUAUCUAUGGACGGGCAAGUUGGAUUUGGACUGUUUUACGGACAGUUGCAGAUUCACGGAUCCAACAUUGACCUUUCAGGGUACCGACAAGUUUAAACAAAAUACUGAUAGUUUGAUUCCCCUGGUCGAAAGGUUUGUCGAGAAUUAUCAAUCUAUUCUCUUGGACAUUCGACGGACAGAUGAAUACAUUGAAACAAGGUGGAAUAUGGUGGGUGAAUUGAAUGGUCUCUUUUGGAAGCCAGAAAUAAAUGUGAUAGGUAGAACGAAGUUCUGGUUCAAUCCUAAAGAUUAUCUGGUUUACUUCUAUGACGAAAGUUGGGAAGUACCAGCUUUCCAAGCGUUAUUGCAACUUGUCACGCCGGCAAAAACCUUUCCUAACUCUUCUGCACCGAAAGAAGAAACGAAAGAGCAAUGA